AUGGAAAAGCUUGACGGUCGAGAUAUUAUGUCCCUAGCAUUAUGCAAUAAGUCAUUUCUAUCUAUUGCCAUGGAAGAAUACACAUGGAAGACUCGCUGUCUACAGGAGCUGGGCUGCAAUGCACCCUCUAAUAAGCCCCAAUUUGGUUGGCUGGACAUCUACAAAAGCAUUAUAGAUUGGAUGAGAAUUGGAGCAUUUUCGGUCACCAGCGGCAGAGUCGUAGCGACCGACACACUUCAAAAAGCAGCUGGAUUCCAGCGGGAGGGAGACUCAGAGGCGUGGUUUCAGUGCAAUGAAGACUGCGGCUUGAUGGCUUCCUGGACAAUUGACGGCGUCCAGAAUGGAAUAUGGAUUGCAGGCACCAUGCAAACACUUGACGCAAGGCAUUAUGAGUUGUUUUUACAUGAUGAAUGGAAAUGUGGGGAGUGGAAAUACGAGCAGCUAGCCUCACACGAAGCGCCGUUUCACUGUCCCCAAGCUGCUGGUGGACUUUUUGAUGCAGGAACCAUUGGCCGUCAAGAGCUAAAAGCUCCUGCUUCUAAGUCUCAUGAGAUUCAUCUACAGGACUGA